AUGAGGACCGCCUGGCUGCUGCCCCUGCUGCUGCUGCUGCUGGCCGGGCCCCCUGCGCGGCCCGCGCCCCCGACCUGCUACUCCAGGAUGCUGUCCCUGAGCCGGGAAGUCACUGGCGACUUCCAGAGCCUGCAGGCAGCGGAGCCUGGGGAUCCGUGUGUGAGACACCUGCCCAGGCUGUACCUGGAUAUACACAAUUACUGUGUGCUGGCCAAGCUGCGGGACUUUGUGGCCUCACCCCAGUGCUGGAGAAUGGCCCAGGUCGAUGCCUUGAAGGACAAAGUGCGGAAGCUGUACACCAUCAUGAACUUGUACUGCAGGAGGGACUUGGUAUUCCUGUCAGAUGACUGCAGUGCCUUGGAAUACCCAAUCCCGGUGACCACGGCCCUGUCAGAUCAUCAGAGCUAA